AUGAACGGCAUUGCAAAUCAAGUGUAAGGUAUAUGUUAUAAAGUUUGAAAAAAAAUGGCAAAAGUGAGGAAUAGUAAGAAAAACAAUGGCAUAUUGAAGUUUAAGUUAGUCGUGGAGAGACUACAAAAGGGUUUCUUCUUGGUCAGGAAGCGAUCACAUUCGAUUCAUGGUCAAGAAACAGUACCAUCCGACGUGAAAGAAGGUCACUUUGCAGUGAUAGCAUCCGACGAUUAUGUUGAAAGGAGAUUUGUCGUUCCUAUCGCGUGCCUCCACCAUCCUUCGUUUCAAAGACUCCUAGAGAGAGCCGCCGAAGAGUAUGGGUUCGACCACGAAGGUGCACUUAUGGUACCUUGUAGGCCGAGUGAGCUAGAGUGGAUGCUAGAGGAACAAAUAGGGUCUCAUGAUUGGACUUCAUAUAAGACCACGGUGGAAAGUUGUUGAAAUUGUGCAUAAUUAAGUUGUGUA